UCUAUAUAACACGUAGCCGUUGGGUCCGCUCCUGCUACUCCAGCGCCUGCACUCCGCUUCCCUUCGGGUCGCCUUCGUGUGCCAUGGACGGCAUUGUCCAAGAUAUAACAGUUGGUACAAAGCGGGGAUCUGACGAACUUUUCUCUACUUGUGUCACUAACGGACCCUUUAUCAUGAGCAGCAACUCUGCUUCUGCAGCCAAUGGAAACGACAGCAAAAAGUUCAAAGGUGACAGCAGAAGUGCAGGAGUUCCAUCCCGAGUAAUCCACAUCCGUAAACUCCCCAGUGACGUUACAGAAGCUGAAGUGAUUUCCUUGGGGCUGCCAUUUGGCAAGGUCACAAAUUUACUUAUGUUAAAAGGAAAGAAUCAGGCUUUCAUAGAAAUGAACACUGAGGAAGCCGCUAACACCAUGGUGAGCUACUACACCACGAUCACUCCUGUCCUCCGGAGCCAGCCCAUCUACAUCCAGUUCUCCAACCAUAAAGAGUUGAAGACCGAUAACUCUCCAAACCAGGCGCGUGCUCAGGCAGCCUUGCAAGCGGUAAACUCAGUUCAGUCCGGGAAUCUGGCACUCUCUGCCUCUGCUGCAGCUGUGGAUGCCGGCAUGGCCAUGGCUGGUCAGAGUCCAGUCUUGAGGAUUAUCGUGGAAAACCUCUUCUACCCUGUUACCCUGGAUGUCCUGCAUCAGAUUUUCUCCAAGUUUGGCACAGUGCUGAAAAUAAUCACCUUCACCAAGAACAACCAGUUCCAGGCGCUCUUGCAAUAUGCAGACCCUAUGAGUGCCCAGCAUGCCAAGUUGUCUCUUGACGGGCAGAACAUCUACAACGCCUGCUGCACGCUCCGCAUUGACUUCUCCAAGCUGACAAGUCUCAAUGUGAAAUACAACAAUGACAAGAGCAGAGAUUACACUCGGCCAGACCUGCCUUCUGGAGACAGUCAGCCUUCCCUCGACCAGACCAUGGCAGCUGCUUUUGGUGCUCCCGGGAUCAUUUCUGCCUCUCCUUACGCAGGGGCUGGCUUCCCUCCUGCUUUUGCAAUUCCUCAAGCUGCAGGCCUCUCAGUUCCAAAUGUACACGGAGCGCUUGCUCCUUUGGCUAUCCCAUCAGCAGCAGCAGCCGCCGCUGCCGCAGGACGGAUGGGUAUUCCUGGCCUUACCGGGGCAGGGAACUCCGUUCUGCUGGUUAGCAAUUUGAACCCUGAGAGAGUUACACCCCAAUGCCUCUUUAUUCUUUUCGGGGUAUAUGGUGAUGUGCAAAGAGUAAAAAUCUUGUUCAAUAAGAAGGAGAAUGCCUUGGUUCAAAUGGCAGACGGCAAUCAAGCCCAGCUGGCCAUGAGCCACCUAAACGGUCAGAAACUGCAUGGGAAGCCCAUCCGUAUCACUCUGUCGAAACACCAGACCGUGCAGUUGCCCCGUGAAGGGCAGGAAGACCAAGGGCUGACCAAGGAUUAUGGCAACUCUCCCCUCCAUCGCUUCAAGAAGCCGGGCUCCAAGAACUUCCAGAAUAUCUUUCCCCCUUCUGCCACCCUUCACCUCUCCAAUAUUCCGCCUUCAAUAAUAGAAGAUGACCUCAAGCUGCUGUUCUCAAGUAAUGGUGGGAUGGUGAAAGGCUUCAAAUUCUUCCAGAGAGACCGCAAGAUGGCUCUCAUCCAGAUGGGGUCCGUGGAAGAAGCCAUUCAGUCACUCAUUGACCUCCAUAACCAUGACCUCGGUGAGAAUCACCACUUGCGUGUGUCCUUUUCAAAGUCCACCAUUUAAGUGCUUCGGAAAAGCACACAGCAGAAUGGACCUGACUGAAAAACAACCCGCCACCACUCUUCUUAACAAAUUCGGUCUUGCCUCUACUUCAAGGGCUGGACAUCGAUGUAGGGUGGGACAACUUCCAUCAUUCCAGAAACAAAAAAGAAGCCACUUUAAAAAAGAGAGAGAGAAUGCAGCUGAAGUGACCUUAAAAGACAACAGAUUUUAUUUUUUUAAGGAGGAAAACAGUUUACUGGGUUUUUUAAAAAUAAUAAUUAAAUCUUAAUUCACAUUACUAUAAUAUUUUCUUGCAGUGAGUGGGAUAACCAUCUUUGACCAGGAAAAGAAUCUUAAGCUUAAAAGUUUACAUUCUUGGUUGGAAGCCUUGCUGGGAGUCUCCCUUACCUUCCCCCCCCCCCUUUAUAAAAACAAAACGGGGGCCCUCCAAUCCCAGAAAACGUAUCAGUUUCACAGUGAUGCCUUUUUCUUAGAGCUUUGGAAGAGAUCCCCCAAGCUGUGCAGUUUGCUUCAGCAUUGUGAAUCCUUUUAAUGAAUCCUCCCAAAUGCAGAUGCCUUUUUGGGAGGGGUAGUUGCCUUCUCCUGAAGCCUUGCAUCCAAUAUCCUCUGGUGCCUUAGAAGUUUUUUUUUUCACUAAGAGUGGGAGGAACAGCAGUCAUUGGGAAAGUUGGAUGAAGAGUUGUCAGUGUUCACAUUGCACAGGGGGUGGGGUGGGGGGUAACUUUGUCUCAAUAAGCAUUCUUAACAUCGCUGCCUAAACAAGUCUUCACAUGCAAAUCAUCAUCUAAGCUUCCCUGGUCAGUAAUAUUCCCCUCCCCCCAUGGGGGUUGAUUAAAACGAUCUGGCCAAUAGUGCAUUCGAAUUCAUCAGAUUGAUUCAGGUGUGGGGGCAAUCCUCAUCCCAUUCAUCAAUAUUGUGCUGUCAACAGUAAAUUUUAAGUAAGUGGUCCCAAACGGUGGAAACUGAAGCCCAAGUGUAAAUGUGUACAGAAGUGUCAAAGUUUGGUGGACCUAUGUUCAGAUUACCGAUUUUGGGCUCACACUUAAAUAUUGGUUUUAAGAUGCAUUUAUAUCUCCCCUCCUGAUUUCAUCCUUAACACUAGCUUCUCUCAUACUCAUAGCUUCAGCUUCUUGUUUUAAUCCCUUUUUAUUAUAUAUAUAUUUUUACAUGCCGUCUGCCUAGCAAUAUUUCCAGUUGACCAAAUAUUCUAAUGGGUUCACAUAUACAUACAUAUAUAUAUGUGUGUGUGUACAAAAGGCAAUAGCAUAACUUUUUUAGAGAUAAGAUGGUAUAAAUAUAUCUAAACUUGCUGUUCUAUUACCCUUGUAUCCUGUACUCUUGUAUUUUUGUUUGAAUGCUGGAAAACUAGCACAGGAAUUUAGUUGAUCAAGAUGAGGUCAUGGCUUAAAAUUAAUGUUAUACUUUGAAAAAGUACUUAAAGUAGCAAACACGAGUCACUUCAAAAGGAGGAAGGGACCCAAUUUAAAUGGUCAUAUUACUUUAACAAUCCAAACUUAACUAUAUUAUUUAAAGAAUUACAAGUUACCAUUUAUUUUCUGAACAAUACCUGAAAUGCCAUUCCUUCAUGGCCUCCUGCUUUUCCCGACUGAUCUGCCUUCUUUAUAUUCCAAUGUUGCCUUACAUUUCCCUCUAACUCAUGUGAGACUUUAAGAUAACCAGAAUCUUGUACUUAAUAUCAGGGUUACUUCUUCAAAUUGUGGACCAAAGUUUUUUUCAAUGUAUGUGAUGUUGUCUCUCAAGUCACUGUGUUCCCUGCUGUUUCACAGGAGCUGUUGACUUCUUUUUGUCACGGAGGGUUUCAGAAAAGUCUUAAAUCUUUUCCUUUUCCUUUUUUUCUUUUCUUUCAAAUUUCUCCCCAAUAUUACGGGGACGCAAUCUAUGCUGGAGGAGUGUGUGAUGUCUUGAGUGAAGGUUCUGUUUGGGUUGCCAGUGUAAAACAGGGUGGAGCUCCCUGACAGCUGUUCUCCUUGGCUCAAAUGAUGCCUCCCCAGAAAGCAAAACAGCAGUACCUACAAAGAAUCUUGCUUUACUGUUAUUUUGAAGAGACUCUGCACAAAGACCGCUUCACACAAUCGGUUGGUUCUAGUGUGGCUGAACCAGUGUGAUCCAGUCACUUGUACAGGGCCAGCUGGUGUGGCCUCUCUUCUGAGCCUCUGCUAUCACUGGUAAAAACAGGCACCAGCUGUGUCCCCAUGCAAGUGGCCUGCUACUCCAGGGCACUCAUAGUGUCACCUAUGCAGUUUCCUUGGAGAAAAUUAGGGUUGCUGGAUUGAAGUGUCCCUUGGCCCUGUGAGCGUAGCUUUUAGUUCAGCAGCUAGCGUUGCUGUUGGAUCACUUAGCACAGGUAGGAGACUAGAGAAACACCCUUCUUAUUCCUACAGUGACCUGCUAGUAAGCCAAGGUGGCUGCUAUGCCCUCUCCCUUGAGAGGGAGAGGUUUAGAGAAGCUUUGAGGAAUUGGGAAAUUGUUCAGGCAUGCCUAGUUCCGCUCUCUGAACUUGCCCCACAGUGAUGGCAUGGAGGUUUUGAAGGGAGUCCGGAGUUCCUACAGAACUGCUAGCUUAUUGCCUUACAUUUGGUGUAGUACAGUUCAUUGUGCUCCCCCCCACACCCCCCAAUAACAAGAUCUGAAGUCCCUUCUGGGUUGAGGGGGGGCAUGUUCUGCAAAAGGAGACCACCAGCGGCACCCAGCAGUAACACUUUAAAUCCUAACGGAACCUUGUUUAGAAUGGUCUUAAGUUUUAACUUUUAAAUGUUUGACAGGCCUCUCUUAGAGGCUCUUUGGAACAUAACCUCUCCUUGCUGGCCUUUUUAAUACACACAAUCUGUCAGCAAACCAUGAAGACUUCUGUUAUUUCUGUGUGUUUUUGGUGUGUGUUUUUCAAGAUGCACACAGACAUAUCGCAAUUAACGGGGGAGAGGGGGUUUCAUCUUCUUUCCUUUUGAUCCUGUGGGGUUUUUUUUUCAUGUAAAUGUGAGUAAUGAGAAAAAAAAGGUGUAAAUAUUUAUAAUUUUUUAUACCUGUUGUAAGACAUGAGGGGGUGGCAGAACCCAAGUUUUUACGGCAAAACAGAUGUAUUGUAUAUUUUGAUAACCAGCUAUUACAGGUUCAGUAUUGGGGUUGGGAGUGGGAGGUUACCAAACACACCAGAAAUUCCAUUGCCUGGCUAAGAAAAUGUAAUGCAAAAAAAAAAAAUUGAGAUUAAAACUAUUUUAUAACGAAACGUCGUACCUUUUUCUGUAGUGUUUAGUUAUUUACUUGUUUGGAUUGUAGAAAGCAGUUGACGGCCUGUCUGUACUUCUUUUUAUUUUGGCUUUCAAUAAAUGUCUUCUGUAUUCUUUG